CUAGGUUGGGAACCACUGGACUACACUAUUGGUACUUUUACUGCAAAGGAUCCAUAGACUGAGUACGUCUUCCUGUUAAAAUGUCCCAAUGUGAUUUUAUUGUGCAGACUUCCUGCCUGCUGCCGUGUAAAAGUGUGUACUUUAACUGUUUCUGCUCAGCCGACAUUAAACCUGCAACAGCAGCUUCUUCCCUCUCUGAGUCUCUGAGUUUCAUGGUGGAAACAUGCUGAAGCUCGACGUGUUGCGGCUGUUUGUCGAUCAGCGGCUGACGGCGGCGACAGACGACAUUUUCCGGCUUUUUGCCAGAACGAUCGCCGAGUAUGAAGACGAAGUUCUCCGGUCAAAACAGGAGAUCGACCGUCAAAGGAAGCUGCUGGAGGCGGCGGGACGACCGGGGGACACACCGCCAGCUGCUCUGCAGAUUUUCACCACAGAAGAAGAGUGGCAGGUAAGGGGGCGGAGCCCCAGUUUACGCAUUAAACAGGAAGAGGAUGGAGCUGCAGCUGAACCUGAGAUGGCAGACUCCAAGUUCACACCAAGUCCUGCUUGGCAGAGGGAGACACCAGAGGAAAACCUGACUGCUUCGUCCAAUCAGAUCCAGUCUUGGACAGAGGCGGGGCCUGACAACACACAGGAAAUGUUCAGUGUCAAACAGGAAGUGGUUGAGGAUCACAUGAUGCUGGAGGCUGCAGUCCGAGCGGAGAUCAGCUGCCAGCAGGAGGGUGUUCUGCAGAUUUUCACCACAGAAGAAGAGCAGGAGGUGAGGGGGCGGAGCCUCAUUCUGAAUCACCUGCAUGUUAAACAGGAAGAGGGCGGAGCUGAACCUGAGGAGUCGGACACCAAGUUCACACCGAGUCUUGAUUGGCUGGAGAGCGGCGGCGAUGACGAGAGAGGCUCUUCAUCCAAUCAGACCCAGUCUCACAGAGGGGAGGAGCUUCUUCGCACCGAGGACGUCGUCCAAUCAGAGUCGUCUGCUGAGGAUGCCGACGCAGCUGCAGACCAACAUACCAGCGCUCAGUCUGAACCAGGUCUACAGAGGACGAGGGGGGCGGGGCCUCCUGCCUGCAGCAGCUGUGGCAGAGAGUUCAGCUCUCAGAGGACGCUGAGAAAACACAUCCGACGCAGCUCGUCUCAGAACCAGGACCAGAUGACCUGCAGCCGCCGCAGACCCAACGCCCCCUUUGUGAGUCCGGUCAAGUCCUUCAGCUGCAGGAUCUGCGGGACUUCCUUCUACACGCAGGGGAUUCUGGUCCGGCAUGCCGAGUCACACUGCAGGGAGCCGGAGAGCCGGUGCGGCGCCUGUGGGGACCAUCUGGACUCGGCUGAGAGCCUCAGAGACCACCUGCGGUCCCACAAGGAGCUGGGCAGCACCUGCGACGUCUGCGGCAGGAAGUGCACUUCCAUCAGGAGGAUGGAAAUCCACCGCCGGGUCCACACCGGGGAGAAACCUUACCGCUGUGCCUUCUGCAGCCGCGACUUCAGCAGGAAGGAGAGUCUGGAGAGACACCUGAAGGUCCACAGCGGGGAGAGGCCGCACAUAUGUGGACUCUGCAGGAGCACCUUCACCAGGAGGGCGUACCUGAUCCAGCACCUGAAGACCGGCCACCCUGAGAGACCAGGGGUCGAACCUACAGCAGGGAUUUAUUUAGGAGAUUGUUGAUUUUAUAUUAUUAUUGUCACCUAUAACUGAUGUCCUGAGCCAGAAUCAAACCUGUGACGUUACAGUGACACAGUUUAAACCAGCAUUUCUCUGCUGACCAGGAACUUAUUUAUUGAAUAUUAAAGAGCCAGUAUUGUGGAAAACAAUAAACUGAUGUUUGGGAUGGAUCAGGGUGAUUUUGGAGCCUCCUGUGCUGUGAAAUGACUCAUUUCUAUCUCCUCAGUCUUUUUAAGUUAUUUGAAAUGUUGAAAUUUGCGGCUGCAGCGCGAGCGGCGUUGAGGCGGUGCUCAUUACUACGUCACACCUGAAAGUCAAAUCAAAUCUGCAGGAAGCUUUAGCAGGAGUCUGCCCCCGGCACUACGCUGAGUGUUUACGUAACUUCUGUAGUCACAGUUUGCAUCACAGCAGGAUGACGAGCAAACACUGGAAGUGUUGCUGGUUGUUCAGCAGAUAAAAAGUCUUACUGCCUGGUAAACAUGCUACUGCUUUCAUUAGGUCAUAUUCUGAUUGGCUGGAGGUGUGGCCCGCACCUUCACCCCCAGCCAAUAGGGUUAGGGUUAGUG